AUGACAACUGAUAAUUCAAACAAUAAUAUCAAUCUUGAUAGCAUCUGUGAAGAACUGAUCAAUAAUACCGAGUUUCGGCAACAAUAUGAUCAAUCAUAUUUACAACAAACUACAACAGGAAUCGAAACAACAAGUAUUACUACUACGAAUAAUAACAAGAAAAAUGACUCAUCUAUUGAAACGACGCCUAAUUCAUUAGAUAUAGCCUAUCUUCAAGACUCUCAUGCGAUCGAAAAAAAUAGUUCACUUCCUUCAUCUCAAUCACAAAGUCAAACUACGAUACAGGUAUCUUCGUGUCUUCAUAAUAUACUUGACACAAUUACCGUGCGAAGCAGUGAAACUAUUACAUCAUCACUCUCGACAGGACAAAUCACUUUUCAAACGGUAAGUACAACCACUACCGGCACAGUGCAAAACCGGCCAACACAAAUACUAACCGUUAACAUGCCCGAUGAAACACCAUCUAGGAAAUCAACUGGUACACUGUCCAUGACUCCUAUAGGCCAUAAAUCAGUCGGCACUAUGCCAAGGACGCCACCAAGUUUCAAAACAACUAGUAUCCAGUCAGAAACACCAACAACGAUACCCAGCAAACUCUUGCAAACGGCCCUACAUUCACCAACUAUUCAUAUUGAUAUAGGCAGUCUUAAGCCCGAAGAAAUGAUCGUCACAAUUCACAACACGUCCACCACAACACCGAACCACAGCAACACAAUUAACUGA